AUGAGUACAACAACCAUGCUGCAACAACCUCCUGUAGGUCGAAAAGAGGACGAAGACGGCGCUGUCGACGACAACGACGUCGAAUACGCGGCAAGAACAGAGAAUAAGAAGGAAACGACGAAGAAGCAGAAGAAAGUGAAGGAGAAGGAGAAGAAACAGAAGAUUCAGAAGAAGCAGAAGAAGGGGAAAAAGAAGAAGGAGAAGAAGAGAGAGGAAGAAAAAGUACAGGCGACCGACCCGGAUUGCGGCGUGAACGCGAUGGUGAAUUACACGCUGGCCGCUGGAAGAGUUGAAAGCGAGCAGCUGAUGGUGCGCAGCGACACCGGGGAUAUCUGCGUGAGAACACCUCUGGACAGAGAAACCUCUCCCUAUCUCGAGGUCCCAGUCAUCGCCACCGAUAGAGGAGGAUUGAGUACCGUGGCUAUCGUGAGGGUGCAAGUAACAGAUGUCAACGACAAUCGUCCAGUCUUCGAACCUCAAAAGUAUAACGUCACCCUGAAGAGCGACAGCCCGGUACAAGGGCCGAUUUUGAGGCUGGUGGCCACAGAUUUGGACGCAGGUCUCUUCGGCCAAGUUGCCUAUCGAAUCACGAACGGCAACGAAGCCGGAGUGUUUCACAUCGAUCGAAACACCGGCGAGCUACAAGUAGCGAGGCCCAGCUUGCUGUCUCGCUCGUCUUUGCAUCAGUUGAACGUGACGGCAACGGACGCGGCUGGUCUCAAGAGCAUCGUCGACGUCGAAGUUCGGAUCACCGUUUCCUCCCCUGGUCACAGAAUCGCUAGUUGCGAAAAACCGCGAUACACUCUCACGGUUAAAGAAACUACACCCCAGAACAGUCUCGUGGGUGGAGUAAAGGAAGGGACAGCGUCAUCUUUGUCACCAGGUGAACGGCCAACGAGAUUUUAUUUGGCGAAGGAAGAACCGGAUCUAACGAUGGACCCCAACACAGGAAUGCUUCGGAUACGCCUUCCGUUGGAUCGAGAAACCCGAGACAAGUACAUUCUGAGCGUCGAGGCGCGUAAUGGAGUGUCUGCUGGUUAUUGUCAGAUCGAACUGAACGUGGAGGAUGCGAACGACAACCCACCGAUCUUCCUGACGAGCACCGUUCGCAUCUCCGUACCGGAAUCUCAUCCCCUACACACUACACUGUACGUGGCGCACGCAACCGAUCCGGACACGACCCCGACACUCCCGAUACGCUACGUCCUUGGUCAGAACAGCAACGACCUGUUCGGGAUAGACGCUCGUUCCGGGGAGCUCUAUUUAGCGAGGAGAUUGGAUUACGAGACCCAGCAACGUCACGGACUCCUGAUAAGGGCUCUGGACGGUGCCGGACUCUCCGCGAACUUAAGCCUGAGCGUCGAGGUGCAGGACGUGAAUGACAACCCCCCAGUGUUCGAGAGGAACGAGUAUCACGUGGAGGUUCCCGAAGGCGCCAAGCUCGAUUCUCAAAUUCUCCAAGUGACCGCGGUAGACCUUGAUACGGGCAAUAACGCGAGGUUGAGUUACCGUCUCCAAGGAUCCUCGGCGUUCCGGAUCAGCCCCAACACCGGCUGGAUCUAUCUGGCGCAGACUCUCGAUCGCGAGACCCUGGAUCGUCAUGCGUUGACGGUACUCGCGACUGACAACGGUUCACCCGCUGCGACCGCGAGCGCAUCCGUCCUGGUGACGGUGUUGGACGACAACGACAACGAUCCGCGGUUCGAAAGGGAUUUCUACGGGUUCGAAUUGCUGGAGAAUCUGCCCUCGGGUACGCUGGUCGGAUCCGUGAGCGCCUCCGAUUCCGAUCUGGGGAAGAACGCGUUGCUCAGAUACGCGGUGGUUCAGCCCAACAGCAGCUUCGCGGUGGAUCCCGACACAGGCGAGAUCAGCACCAGGGAACCACUGGAUAGAGAGACGAAGAGUGUGCACGAAUUGGUGCUCGAGGCUCGGGAUCAAGGAACGCCGUCGAGGGCUGUCAGGGUGCCCCUGAAAGUGACGGUUCUGGACGUGAACGACAAUUCGCCCGAAAUCGUGGAUCCUCAAGGGGACGUGGUCAGCGUCCGGGAGGAACAACCGCCGGGAACAGAAGUCGCGAGAGUCAGGGCGUUGGACACGGACCUUGGCGAGAAUGCCACGGUGACUUACAGCAUCUUGAAAGACCGAGACUCGGACGGUUACAACGUUUUCACCAUCGACCCGAUCACCGGUAUGAUCAGAACGAAGGCGGUUCUCGAUCACGAAGAGCGGAACGUAUACCGGGUGUCUGUGAAAGCGACCGACGCCGGACGACCACCACGGCACAGCGUGCGAGCUCUAAGAGUCGAGGUUUUAGCACUCGCGGACAACCGGCCGACCUUCACCAGCAGCAGUCUUACCUUUAACGUGCGCGAGGAUGCGAGCAUCGGACAUGCGGUGGGUUCGGUGUCGGGGGCAGGUCCCGCGGGUCGUGUGGCCUUCACCCUGGACUCGUUGACACCGAUCAGCGAGUUUCCAGCGUUCGACGUGGAUCGUAGCUCCGGCCAGCUGGUGGUCGCUCAUUCCCUCGAUCGCGAGAACGUCAGCGAAUACCACCUGGAGAUCCGAGCGCUGGACACCACUUCUAUCGGGAAUCCUCAAAGCAUCGCCGUCUCGGUUAAGAUCGUCAUCGAAGACGCGAACGACAAUCCACCGCGGUGGCCCCAGGAUCCGAUUCCCGUUCGCGUCUCCGAAAAGGCUGUGAUUGGCUCGACCGUGUACAAUCUGACCGCCACGGAUUUGGACAGCGGCUUGAACGGGGAACUACGAUACGGGCUGGUAGCCGAAAUUCCGUCGAAAGGCAGCUUCGCCGUCGAUUCCCUGACCGGUGCUCUGACUUUGACGAAACCGUUGGACAGGGAGGAACGGGCGGAGUAUACGUUGAUCCUGAGGGCGUCCGAUCGCGCUUCACCAGGCGAACGAUUAGCAUCCACCGUGACCGCGAGGAUCAUCGUUCUCGAUCAGAACGACAACGAUCCGGUUUUCGUCGCUCCGGAAUCAACGAAAGUCCCGGUGACGCCUGAUCUCUUACCAGGAGCUACGCUCGUGAGAGUGGUCGCCGUGGAUAAAGACGCAGGUGACAAUGGCCGUGUAUCGUACGUGAUUACAUCGGCGAACGAGGAGGCGAGAUUCUCGGUGGGUUACGAGUCUGGUAUAGUGAGCUUGGAGAGGCCGAUGGCGAGGUCCACGGAACUCGAGAUUACGGCGAACGAUCACGGUUCCCCGCCGCGAAAGUCGACUCUUAGGUUGACUCUGACGCUGCUGGCUUCUGGACAGACCAACGGGCCUCCUCGGCUACUGCUCGCCAACCCAGUAGCUAGAGUUUCAGAGGACCUCCAGGUUGGAGCGCCGAUUCUAAACGUCGCCGGUUCUAUCAUCGUUGAUCAGGGUAACAUCAGCUUCAGCAUUCCGAGCAACGUGGCCUCGGACAAGUUCGCCGUUUCCCCAAACGGUCUGGUGACUCUCCGCGGCCCCCUGAACCGUGAAGAGACCUCCCUCUACUCGGUCCCAAUUCUGGCAAGGUCCAGCAAGCUGUUGGAUAUCAGCACGCUCCAAGUUUUAGUCAUGGAUGAAAACGACAACAGUCCCGAAUUCCGGGCGGGUUCGUGUUACACGCUGGCCGUCCCGGAGAACCAAGAGACUGCUGUGAUUCACACGAUCGCGGCGACCGAUCUUGACGAAGGAAAGAACGGCGAGAUCUAUUACAGUAUCGUGGGUGGCAAUAUCGGCGCAAAAUUCAUCUUGGAUCCUGUAACCGGUAUGCUUUCGAUGUCGCAUCUGGACCGUGAGACUGUCUCCAAAUACGCGUUGACGAUUUCGGCGAAGGAUAGAGGCCGACCUAGCUUGGAGGCUCGAUGCAACCUGACCGUGAUCGUUUUAGACGUUAACGACAACGCUCCGGCGUUCGCCCAGAAUCAAUACACCGAGUCGCGACCACGAGGAUCGCUUCAGAACGUCGAAUAUCCCAGCUUCGGAUUGCCUAGCGGCUUUCCAUACGCGUCGUCGAAUUACCCUACAAACUAUCAUCCUGCUAAAUACGCGGCGACGAUAUCCGAGGAUGUGGCGCCCGAUUCCAGCGUGAUGUCGGUAAGAGCGACCGAUCCCGAUCAAGGAGUAAACGGGAAGAUCACGUACUCCAUCGCAGAGGAGACAAGCUGGUUGUUCAGGGUUGACAACCUAACUGGCGUGAUCACAACGGCUGGACCGUUGGAUCGAGAACGUCGGAGCUCUUACAACUUCGUCGUGGUGGCCACCGAUAGCGGAAAGUACGCCGCCAAAAGUACGUCCAUCCCUGUCGAGAUCCGAGUGAGCGACGUCAACGAUAACACUCCAGUUUUCGCGGAAUUUCCAUUUCGCGCCCGUGUGUCGAUCGGAACUCAACCGGAGAAGAACAUUCUUCGAGUAGUGGCGACCGACGCGGACGAAGGCCUCAACGGAGAAAUCGUCUACUCGUUCUUGCACGAACAGGAGAAGCCCAAAUUCAGAAUACACCCGAGUACCGGCGCAGUCACGGCGGCGUUGUCCUUGUCGCAGGACAACGGCAAGACGUACCACCUGGAAGUGUUGGCGAGAGACAGGGGAAAUCCGUCGAAGAGUGCUCGUGGCUUGAUCGAGCUGCAAGUCGGUGACCCCGCGGACUUGUCGCCUGUGCUCAAGUUUCAAAACGAAACCUACGAGGUUGCGAUCCAAGAGAACUCGCCGGCCGGCACCGAGGUGGUCCAGGUCACCGCUGUCCGGUCGGACGGUAGAAGACAGCACGUUUCCUACUCCCUUGGAUCGGGAAACGAUUUCGGCACGUUCGCCAUCGACGAGGACACUGGAAUGCUUCGUGUCAACGAUCCCACGCGACUGGACGCGGAACUCUGGACCGACAUGAGAGUGAAACCCACGGAAGGACAAUCCGAAGACGGACGGACAAAUUCCUGGGCAAGAUCUUUGGAGGGACAGCUGUCCAAGGAGGAACCCAGGGAAUGUUCGAAGCACGUGCUCGCCGUAGUUGCCAGGACCACUGGAUCGGAUCCCUUGGAAGCUUACGUUAAAGUAGUCGUCGGAGUGUCCGACGUGAACGAUAAUCCGCCUGUUUUCACGCAGACGCAAUACUCGGCGACCGUUCUGGAGGGCAACGUCAAAGGAGACUUUGUUGUCAAGCUUUCGGCCAGUGACGCUGAUCAAGGAGUGAACAGUAGGAUCCUCUAUCACAUCGUCGACGGAAAUCCGGAUAACGCGUUCACCAUAAGUCCGCCGUACAGCGGUAUAGUUCGGACCAACAUCGUUCUGGAUCGCGAGAUCCGCGAGAAGUACAGGCUGACGAUCAUCGCGACGGAUCAAGGAAAUCCCCAAUUAACCGGCACAGCUGCGCUCAGCGUUCGAGUGAUCGACAUCAACGACAAUCAGCCGACUUUUCCGGAGCACAGCAUCAUCUCGGUGUCCGAAGGUACAGCAGUGGGCACAGUGCUGACGACCGUCACCGCGAACGAUGUGGACAGUUCCCCGGCUUUGACUUACCGAUUCGGGAACGUGACUAAUCCAGGCCCUUUCAGUAUCGACCGUUACGGCGGCAAGGUCGUUCUCCGCAGACGUUUGGAUGCCGAGACGCGGUCGGAAUACAGCCUGCAAGUGAUGGCCAGCGAUGGCAUCCACGAGGCGAUCACGAACUUGAUAGUUCGCGUGACGGAUCUGAACGACAACACGCCUCGACUGCAGCAAUCCGCGUACAUCACUACUCUUCCAGAGGGACGCGGAGACCUGCAAGAAAUUCUGACGGUGAACGCGACCGACGACGACCUCACGGAGGAAAACAGCCGAGUACGAUAUUAUCUGUUGAAAGCUACCAAAGGCUUCUCCGUGCAUCCUGUGACCGGUGUUCUGACGGUUAACCGUACCGCGAUACCAAGACCCCUGCCCAAAGAGGUGGAGCUGGCCGUUGUGGCGGAAGAUUACGGGAAACCGCCGGCGUCAUCCGUCUGCUCGAUCGUGGUACGAUUGAGCAGCUUGAAGAGCACGCUGCCGGGAAAAGAAUACAAGAUAACGGUGAAGGAAAAUUCUUCGAGGGGAACCAUUCUGAUGAGAUUGUCCGACGUGGACUUGUUGGACGGUAGCAUCGUUGCUGGCGACGACAGCGGAACGUUCGAAGCGUCCAGAGGAGAAUUGAUUCUUUCCAAGGUGCUCGACAGAGAAACGAAGGACAGGUACGUCCUGCGACUCGGUUCGAAGAACCAGAAUAUGACAACUGGAUCGCUAGCCGGAGACGAACCCAUUACGGUGAUCGUCACGGUCGAAGACGCGAACGAUAAUUACCCCCGCUUCCUGGAAGAGUUGCACCAGGUAUCGAUUAAGGAGAACGCAGCCCGUGGAACCGUCGUGGCGAUUUUGCAGGCAAAGGACGACGACCUGGCUGGAAGCGCGGCUGCGAAUCUGCUGUACGAAAUUACAUCCGGAAACGACGCCGGCCUCUUUCGCGUAGAGAAGACCACUGGGGCCGUGCUGGUGAACGCAACCCUCGACUGCGAUCUCGAGCCGGAAAUCUACAACCUCGUGGUGAUGGCGUGCGACAGCGAUCCGGUAUCUCCUCUCUGCGCGUUGACCAGGCUAAGAAUCCGUCUGGAGGAUGUGAACGACAACUCCCCGAAAUUCCCGGUCUCGGAAUAUUUGGAGUUUGUCGGAGAGAACGAGCCAAUCGGUACGACGGUCUUCUCGGCUCGUGCCUCGGAUCUCGAUCGCGGCAUUUUCGGUUCCCUGAACUAUUCCAUCGUGUCCGCCGCCGCGACCGGCUUCUCCGACAUCGACGACAGCUGGAAGCUGUUCGCGGUGGACGGAAAAUCCGGCACCGUGACCACGCGCGCAGUUUUCGACUACGAGCUGCGCAAUCGAUACGCUUUCACUUUGAGGGCCACCGACACGGGUGGACGAGCAGCCGCCGUCCGAGUCCGGGUGGAAAUCGAAUCCAGGGACGAGUUUUACCCGCAGUUCACCGAGAGAAUGUACAGAUUCGGUAUCAGGAGUGGAGCUCGGAUACUCCCUGGCACGGUUAUUGGCCAUGUGACGGCUACCGAUCGCGACAAGGGUCCAGACGGUCGGGUGGUUUAUCAGUUGACGUCUCAGCACCCGUAUUUCAAGCUGAAUCGUACCACGGGAUCGUUGAUCGUGAAACAGAAACUGAUACACAUCGACAUGGACGUGGAGGAAUCGUCGCGAUUGGUGGUCAGCGCUAGUUCCGGUAGACAGGGAUCUCUGUCGAACAUGACGGUGGUGGAGAUCACAUUGAUGGACGACAACGACAUCAACGAAGCGAGAGGCGCCACUGCGUUGGCCACUCCGAACGACGUGGGAGGUUCAAAUAUGGCCGUCGCCGCAUCCGGAGGUCUGGCGGACUGGGCUUUGGGUCUACUGAUCGCUCUGCUUCUCUUGGUUGUCGCUUUCGGGGCUGUUUUCCUCUACCUUCACCUGCGCAAUCGAAGGCACAAGAAACCGGGAACGAAACCGGGUCUAAACGGAGAGAGUAACGCCACCGCGUCGAACAGCUACGUCGAUCCAAGCGCUUUCGACACUAUUCCUAUUAGAAGCGUGGCCGGUGUCGGUAGUGCAGGGAACGGAGGCUCUGGAAACGGUAACGGGGGUGGCGGUGCCGCCUCUUGUCAAUUCGCGCCACCCAAAUACGACGAGAUACCACCGUACGGUACUUCCGGCCAAUCCGGACAACAGCAGACCACCUCGGAAUUGUCAGGUAGCGAUCAGUCCGGAUCGUCGGGCAGAGGUUCGGCCGAAGACGACGGAGAGGACGAAGAGAUUCGGAUGAUCAACGAGGGACAACAGACCGGUGACUCUGCGAGCGAUCUGUCGGUGCACAAUACUCAGGAAUACUUAGCCAGGUUAGGUAUCGUCGAUCCCCCGGCCGGCACACCUAGAAGACCACCGGAAGCGCUGCCCCUCGACAGCUUGCACCUGUUCGAGGACGAGGCUGCCACCGAGGCCGACAUCGCCACGUUGAUUUACGGAAAAAUAGGCGAAUCCGGUAGACCAAUGUCGGGCUUGGAGGUACCCGGUGGCCCGUCCAUGAACGGUUCUCUGAGUUCGAUCGUGCACAGCGAGGAGGAACUCACAGGAUCGUACAAUUGGGACUAUCUCCUCGACUGGGGUCCGCACUAUCAACCCCUCGCUCACGUGUUCAGCGAAAUCGCCAGGUUGAAGGACGACGCUGCCAGCGUUCAAAGCGGAAACUCGGGAAGCAGCGGGAAAACCAAGUCUGUACAUAAAGCCCCUCCCCCGCCGUUGCUUACUUCCGUUGCUCCCAGAUCGUUGGCGGCCCCCGCGUUAGCCAGAGGCAUCCUCCCGAGGUCCCCGAUCAGUCACGAUGCUUCCACCUUUCCCUCGGCGGCCCUCAGUCCGAGUUUCUCCCCGUCCCUGUCACCCCUCGCGACACGAAGUCCCAGCAUCAGUCCUUUGGUGCCGCCCGCCACGCAAAGGUCCAGUCAGAGUGCCAAUAGGGGAAUUCCGGUUACCGACGCCGAGCUCCGGAUCUAA